UAUAUACCCACGUUUACAUCAAAAACAGGACGCCGGCCGGCAAAUUGGACCGUCUCUUUUUCACAUUCCUAAAAAGACACAUAUACCGGUCAGCACUUUGUCGUCGUCUUCACAAAGUCACAAAUUGUUCCAAACAGAUAAUUCCAACUACAAAAAGACUGUCAAAAUGUGGAACCCAGAAUCAGUUUUUAUGUAUUUUCCUCAUGGCUCAGAAAACCCAUGAUUUUUCACCGGAAAAAAUGACUAAUCUUUGCCGGAAAAUAGUUCAAGUCAAGAUUAGGUGGAAGAUAUUUGAUAAAGUUUCAAUCUUUAGGGAGUUUUUUCGUUUUAUUUGGGAAAGGAUUAUUGUUUGUUCAACUGGACGGAAACCGGUGAGGUACCGGCGUUUGUCUCGAAGAAGUUCAUCGUCUCCGGUGGCUAUGGAGGAAGUUGAAGGGUAUGGGGUAGGUGGUGGGGAAGAUGAUCCUUUAACUGCAACUUGUAGUGGGUAUGAUAGUGAUUCAGAUUUAGUUACUUUAAAGAUCAGUAUUUUUGGUGAUUGUCAGAUUGGUAAAACAAGUUUUGUGAUUAAGUAUGUAGGUGAUGAACAAGAAAAGAGGUGCUUGCAGACGAAGGGAUUGAACUUAAUGGAUAAAACAUUAGUUGUACGAGGUGCACGAAUUGCAUUUAGAAUAUGGGAUGUAGGAGGUGAUCAUAGCUCAUUUGAUCAGAUUCCAAUAGCUUGUAAAGAUUCUGUUGCCAUUCUCUUUAUGUUCGAUCUCACUAGCCGGAGUACAUUGAACAAUGUGAUAAGUUGGUAUACUGAAGCAAGAAAAUGGAAUCAGACUGCUAUUCCAAUACUAAUUGGGACCAAAUUUGAUGAUUUUGUUCAGCUUCCGCCAGACAUUCAAUGGUCUGUGGUGACACAGGCAAGGACAUAUGCAAAGGCAAUGAAAGCAACACUUUUUUUCUCAAGUUCAACACAUAACAUCAAUGUGAAUAAGAUCUUUAAGUUCAUAAUGGCAAAGCUCUUUAACUUGCCUUGGUCUGUCAAGAGGAAUCUUACUAUUGGUGAACCAAUUAUUGACUUCUAGUUCUUCUUACAUCAUGUUGUAUAUACAAGGGGGAGUAGUGAAUUCAUUAACAUGUAAUAUUUGCAUUUCCUUUUCACCUUUGUUAUUUGAAACGUAGCGGAAUCAAGGUUGAUGAUAAAGUCUCGAUGUUUUACCUUUCCAUGUCAAAGGGCUCUUGUAUUUCGUAGAAUAUAUGAAGAAAAGUUUAGUGAGA